AUGCUCCAGGUCGCUCAGUUCUCGAGGCCCCGAGCCUUGCGCCUAAACUUCUUCAGCUUUUGUGCGCGGUCCUGCAGAUGGACGUCUUCUCAAGCAGGGAGAAAUCCGCCUCCAUGGCGGCCAGCUUCGACUUUGGAUGAUUGGGUCGACCGCCCAAUUCGCCCCAUCAGUCUGCGCCAGCUCUUCUUUUUUGGUCGUACCUUGACUGAAAGUCGUUUGCUCAGCUCUGCCAACUAUGUCCGCAUGGAACUGCCUACAAGACUUGCUCAUCGCCUGCGAGAUAUGCAGCGUUUGCCCUAUGUGGUGGUCACCAAUCCGCACCUGUCAUUCGUCUACGAGCUCUACUACAAGUCCUUUGAGAGUUUUCGCCGUGUCCCCGUCAUCAGAACCGUGGAAGAAAAUGAUGCUUUUUGCAAAGUCAUUGGUGACAACUUGAAGGAACAUCUGGCGGUGAUUCCCAAUCUGGUCAUGGGGGUGCUCGAGUGCCAAGACUUGGUUUCGGUGGACACAAUGGACAAUUUCGUGCAGGCCAUGCUGCGAGCUCGAAUCUCGAGACGAGUCAUUGCCGAACAACACCUUGCCCUCACGGAAACAUUCAACUCGCCUUGGCACGUGCCCCAACCCAGUUCUGAGAACGAGUUUGUGGGCGAGGUCCUGCUCCGAUGCAACGCGAAGGAGGUUAUUGAACGUUGUGGCCGGUUCACCCAAGAGAUUUGCAGAUCGACCGCAGGCGCUGACCCAGUGGUACCAGACAUUCGAAUCCAGGGUCAUACGGGGGCUACAUUUCCGUACGUGUUGAGUCAUCUUGAAUACAUUGUCGGCGAGUUGUUGCGGAAUUCCACACAGGCGGUCAUGGACAAGUACCGGAAUCCUCGAGAACCACCACCACCCAUUGACGUUCUGAUCUGCGAGGCACCACAGAACGUGGUUAUCCGCAUCUCUGACCAGGGCGGAGGCAUACCCCGAGAUAUCAUGCCCUUUUUGUGGUCCUUUAACAAAGGCCCCAGAAGCGCUUCACGGCUACAAAACUUCAGGGACGUGCCAACCCUCGCAGCCACCAUGCAGGAAGUGCGAUUGCAUGCGGGCGACAAGCCCAGCGGGAAAAUCAGAGACACUUCCCUGAGCACUUUGGCCACAAGGCCACCUGACCUCAGGCUGGGCAUGGGUUUGCCAAUGAGUCGUGUAUACGCUGAAUAUUGGGCGGGCAAGCUCGAGUUACAUAGUCUCGAGGGUUAUGGCGUGGAUGCAUUCCUGCAAAUCUCGAAAUUGGGAAACCAGAACGAACAGCUUACAUCGCGCGCCAGCAUUGACGCGGUCUGA